AUGGAAUCUUUAGAAACGAUACAAACCCGGCACCGCAAAGAACAGCGGGAGCUACAAGCGCGAAUCACGAACAAGAAAAAGAACGCGACGAAGAAGACGCGGAAAGGCGUCAACGACGAGUGCGCCGAGCUCGAGCGGCAACUGAAGGAGAGGCAGGAGCGCGAACUCGCCGCUCUAAACGGGGACGCGGGUGCGGGCGCGGGCGACACGACGGCAGACGACGGACCCGACGAACAAGCAGGCGAAGAACGAGAGGAAGUAGAUGGACAGGUCAACGGCACGAGAUCCACGGACGUGAUUGCACAGAAGCUGAAAGAGGUUCGAUUUGACGAACCUCCGGAACAACAACAUGGAAGCGAUAGUAAUGGCAUAGGGCAAGGAGAACAGCAACAACAGCAACAAGGCAAAAAGCGCAACCGCCAAAAAGAACGCAUGGCCCGACGCGCGGCGGAACAGGAAGCUGCGGCGGCCGCCGCGGAGCAGGAGGCGGCGAAUAUGACGGACCACCGCGAGGUCGAGAAGACGUACCUACUGAAGGAAUUCAAGGCCCACGGCCUCGUCGAGCAAGAGAUACGGCCCGACGGGCACUGUCUGUUCUCGGCCGUCGCGGACCAGUUGCUGAGUCGGGGCGUGCCGCUCUGGGUCGCGGAAGAGGAAGGGGAGGAGGGGGUUAAGGGGAAAGAAGGGAUACCGCCGUACAAACUAGUCAGGAAGAAGGCGACGGAGUACAUGGAGGCGCACGCGGACGACUUCGCGCCGUUCCUGGAGGAGCCGCUCGAGGCGUACACGCGGAAGAUGCGGGAUACGGCCGAGUGGGGCGGGCAGCUCGAGCUGCAGGCCCUGGCGAACGCGUACGGCGUCGAGAUCAAGGUGCUCCAGGACGGGAGGACGGAGACUAUCGAGCCGAGUGAUAUGGGCGAGGGGAAGAUACCAAUCCGAGAUGUUCAAGUAUCAUCAGUCAUACCGAACUCGUUCAUGAGGGGGAUUGCAGCAACCGUCGGGACACCACCUCAAGAUUUAAUACUUCUUCCAUGGCCGGAGCUCAAUAACACUUGGAUCUAUAACCAGGGAUUCUGCGAUGCGGUGUAUAUCUGGAACUAUUUCUGUUGUCUUACGCGCCGUGGUGGUUACUACCUAGAGAGCGAGUCAACAACUUGGGUGAAGGCAAAUGACAUCACUCUCGCUGGUGGAGCGCCCAUCGAGGCGGAAACGCAAAGAGAACUUGGUAUUGGCAAACUUAUCACAUCGAGCCUUGGAGGAACGGACAAAUUUACGUUCAACACUACCGGCAAUCUCGUCGACUUUCCUGUUGGUCUACCAACAAUGAACUGGGAUGAUGGUCCCACGAUGCUUCAUGCUAUGGGGAUGGGUACGAACUCUACGAUUCUGAAUGUCUUGUUCCAAACAAGACGCAUAGGCUCUCGGGUGUGGUCCAUGUUCUGGUGCCGUAUAUGGGCAGCACUUGAUGGUAGUUCUCUUGAUGGUUCCGUUGUGUUUGGUGGCUACGACCAACAGAAAACUGCCGGAAAAGGCUAUACCCAACCCCUCGAUUCCAGCGAAGAUGCCGGGUGUUCGACUGGCAUGGCGGUUCAGAUCUCAAAGCUUACACUUCACAAUUUCUACGUAGAGACUGCCGACCUCCUCGAGUCAAGUACCCGGAUUAUGGCAUGCAUCGUACCGCAACACGAACUAUUGCUCAACGGUCCGGCGUCAAUAAUCGAUAGUUUUCAGGAUAGUACGGGACUGAAAGCAGUCAAUUACUCUCACGGAUUACACAGGGGUGCGUCCCAAUACAAUAUAUCCGAAGUACUUGGUGGCGAUCUGACUAUUUCACUUUCUAUGGGGUUGGACAUCCGCGUCCCUAGUAAUCAAUUUCUAGUACCAUUAGAAGAUAUUGAUGAUGGUGGUUCUCGGGUGGUAGAUACGCAGCAGCGAGAGCUCUUGAUUGGUACCCUGACAAGCUCUAAGACUGCUACCCUUGGCCGCUAUUUCCUUACCUCCGCAUAUUUAAUGGUAGAUUUAGAUGCCAAUAGCUUCACUCUAUGGCAGGCCAAUCCCACGACAGAUAGCAAGCUCGUAGGCGUUGGUAAUACCGGGUGCGGGGAUACGACGCCCCCGAACCCAGGCACAGGAGCUGCGCCGAGGCUCUCUGGAGGUUCGAUUGCAGGUAUAGUCGUCGGUGUAACUGUAGGGACUACGGUCCUGGGGUUAGUAACGAGACCCCCGAAUCUAAGGGAUGAAGCAAGUCGGCUAUCCGAACUUCCGGUAUUGGACAGCACCAAGCCCUUGCACCACACAGACAAUGAACUCCACGGAUCGCCAGCUGCUGUAUCUGAAGUGAAUGGACAAGCCCGCCACAUAUGA